AUGUGGCGACUUUUCCAUGCUGUAGUUCUUGCUUCUUUUCUGACUUGUUGCUUUGCUGCAAGCAAUGGAACAAUUCCUGCGGUUCUCUGGCACGGAAUGGGUGAGUAGAAUGUUGUUAAAAAGUUGAAAAUUGUCUGUCGCUCGCUCUGCAUGUUAUUUUGCAAAGGUAGGUUUGCUUCGUCGGCGUCUAUAAACUGGCGUUGUGUCAUAGUGGAAACCAAGGCAUUUGAAGUUAAAGACCAUUCACAUAGCUUUAUUUAAGUGGAACAUGCGUGAAUGAUUUUUGUCCGUUUUACAAUCUCGAAAAUCCGGCAUUUUCAGGUUUCUUUGAUUCCGGGGGGGGGGGGUUAAUCUAAUGCGGAAGCCGUCGUAGAAGUUUCUGUCGUUAAUAACCUUUCUUUGCCUGUAGUCUACGGAGUCUUUCCACUUGCCAUUGAAAAUUAAUUACAUGAGCGAACAUACUCAAGGGAAUCCAGGUUUUUUUUUCCUGGAGGGCUCAAAGCUUCGCAUCAUACAGCGGACGUAUACAAAACAUAGACGCACGGUUCAUGGACCACCACGUUCCUCGUUGUGACAUAUUAUUCAGUUUUAAUUAAAUAUUUACUGAUAAGAUCCUUUUGUGCACCAAGACCUGUAAUUUAUCAUAAGUGGCUUCCCUGGACUUAUGGGUGCAUUCAAUCAGGGCCUAACUAAUCGAUAUCUUCGAUACUCGAUAGAAAUCGAACGUAAUCGAUCGUAAUCGAUACUAAUCAAUCGAUUAAUAUCGGAAAUCGAUAGAAAUCGAUCAGGAGCAACUGCUGAAUACCCUGCCACUCUGUACCACCAUUGUUUUCGUUGGUCGGCGUUCUUUGAAGAACGAAGCAUAACACAAUAGAUGCUAUUCUUAUUCAAUGACAUGCAAAUAAGUGGCAGGGUAUUCUGCAGUUAAGCCAUCGAUCACUCGUGUCUUUGUGAUUUUCGAUUUUGAUCGAUUUCUGUAAUUAGCUAUCGAUUUUAUCGAUUUGUUCGACAAUGAUCGAAAAGAAAAUGGACGAAGAUUCUCCGCGCUUCGUAAGCCACCAUGCGUGUCUCCCAAUAAGCGCUCGAACAAUACCCUUCUAAAUUCUCGGAGAACGGACGACAGUUUGCCAAUUUCUACAUUAGUGACUCCGGCUAUUUACCACGAUUCUGACGAUUCUAGAGUACAAAUUUACAGCAGUGAUCCUGUUAAAAAAAAUAAAUAAGAAAAGUAGCUACCAUUGGAGAAAGAAGUAACAUCAUCUUUAUCAACAAAGCGGAUUCGAAGGUAAGCUUGAAGGUAAGUGUUACGCAGUGUUGUGAUAAGAUCAGAUCACGUUUUUGAUUGUCGAUUUCCAUAGAUACGACAAAAAAUUGGGAUUAUCGAUUUCAAUCGAUUAAAUUGACUAAUCAAUCGACAAAUAUUGAGUACUAUCGAGUAUUAUCGAUUAAUCGAUUACAUUUUCGAUGAUCGAUUUCUAUCGAUUAGUUAGGCCCUGAUUCAAUAUCUCCCUGGAACUGUUACUGAUACCAGGAGCCUAAUACACGCUGAUAACAGUGUUCUACUUAUCAGGCGGUAACCGGUAAAAUUUACCGCUUGAAGCAACACUUCUUACCGCCUGCAACUGCUUAAAGGUUUACCAAAAUUAAAUAAUUUUUUAAAAAAAAAAAUAUGCGAGUUGUGAUCCGAUCCGAUCCGAUCCUCACAAGAAAAUGAAUGAAUAUGAGGAAAAGUAUAGCUACCUAAGUACAAAACGUACAGCCUAAAAAAUAAUGCAUGUUCAGGAACUUCUUUUUGCGUCCUCAAGCUGGCAACUUCGUGCGGCUUUUUGCAGGGCGCUUGCGCUUGAAUCCAGCAAGACGCAAGAACUUCUUUUGCGGUUAUAAAUUUAACCACAAGAAUUUCUUAAAAUUAUCUUGUGCAAAGGUAACCUUUUAAGCGAGGAAAUGUGUACAAUUUUGAUUAAAAAAAAAAAGCAGCGCUUCAAAAAAUAAGGAACGAUCAUAGUAUUUUUCGCAAAAGAGCCGUGUAAUUUGAGACCGCACGUGCAACUGUAUCAACUUAAAGCGCUCUCGGAAAAAAAAACAUACUAAAGUAAAGUAAGGAAUAUUUUCACUAAAGGCUCUUUCAACUUAGCGCAAUAAAGUAAUAAUAAUUCCCAUGUUUUCUUGUGGGCAGAAAUUCAACGCCUUUAGUUUGUUUUGCCGAGACUAUGGUAUUGUACUAUGAAAUGAUCCAAAUAAUCGAAAUGUUCGAAACUACAGAUCAUUUUGUUAAACAAACGCCUCACACUCUUUAUCUAACUUUGGAAAAGCUAAACGAUUGAAGUGUUCGCUUUGCACAAAAAGCAGAGAAAGCUGUUCACUUUCCCAGGCAACUUUUUACGUGUGUACUUUCAUGAUUACCUUUUGCUGCCGCAGAGUGAAUUAGUAUCAACGCUACAAAACGGUGUUGUCACAAAAAGGCAACAAAUACUACAAACUUCUUUCAGGUUAACACUUAUAAAGAACUUCAUGCGCCUUCUUGAGGCUUGCAGUAAUUUUCUAGCCUCUUGCAGUGAAGAUUUUUGACUUCUUUCGUUUCAAAGUUCUUGUGGGUAAACCACAAAGGGUCCUCAAAAAUACGGCACUUUCACUUCUUGCGGUGGCUUGCAUGUUCUUGCAGCGCAGCAACUUCUUACGCCACUUUUUGCGUGUGCAUUAUUUUGGUUCUGUACUAGUACUGUAUAUGCAGCUUUCCAUUUUAGGGACAUGCAUUUUGGAGACAUAGUAAAAUUAUUGGAAUCAAACGUUUUAAUUUGUUUUCUAAAGAUAACGACAGCAGAUUUGCGUAAAAUAGGUCUUAAAAUAUGGGAAUAAAAAAUUUCCCAGUUAAGGCGGGUCCAUGUCCCUCACUCCACUGUCCCCCCUCUCGCCCCCCUCUUAGAAAAGUAUAUAUUUUUUGCCUUACCGUCCAUGAAUGGUUCCUUACCUGCUGAGCUAAAAUUUAGGGAGAACACUGCUGAUACCCAUUAUUUUUUCAUUAAUGCAUCUGUCAAUUCUAAAUGUGUCUAUAUUAACGGGAUACACACCAACCGGCAUUUCACUUUUUGAAAAAAAUUUGGUAGAAAAUCCCUGCUGUUCUGGCAGUGGAGAUGCACCAUUUGAUAGGACUCUACUGAGCUUCAGACGUACAGCUGUAAUAUGAUUGAUCAUCAAAAGAUAGGCUAGAGGAAGAAAAGAAUCAAGCUUGAUGAGGGGGACAUAAGGGUUGGUGGUGAUGUGGUUUUGCUCGAUUUUUGGUGAGUUUUUGCGGAAAUUUUUAUUUUAAUUUGCGGUAUGGCGGACUGUUUUACAAAACCAAGCGGUUUGUGGUAUUUAGAAAUUUUGGGGUAAUUUCAAUGCGGUUUGAGGUUUUUUUAAGUUAUUCUGUGCAGUGUCUAAUCCCCCUUACACCCCCCUCUUCAAUCAUUGCAGGAUGCAUAUAUUAAUUUUUCAUACAGUCAAUGUGUGACACCAAAACAACAAAUGACGAAACAAAUUAUUAUGUCUUUUCGCAGGGGAAAGGUUACAUUCAAUAACAGUCGUCAUCUUGUACUCCCUUGACCAAAUUUAUAUUCUCUGCUCUGCAACACGAGGGCAGAUCAGGAAGUUCUGACACCAAGAAAAGUCCUAGGUUCUCCAAGCAACAAACGGUUAUUCAUAAUCUUAUGAUAAUCGUUAGACCUCAGAAACAGCUGAUUGUUAUGGAAAUUUAGUGUUUUAAUAUAAUUUUUUUCAUUGUAGGUGACUCAUGCUGUAAUCCUUUGAGCAUGGGCUCCAUCAAGUCAAUGUUGGAAUCAAAGAUUCCUGGCAUUUAUGUGCGCUCUUUAAUGAUUGGCAACAAUAUCAUUGAGGUGCUGUAAUUCAUUUUCAUUUGGAGUACUCAUUCUGUUAUAAAGGCUUCUAUAAGUAUUGUGAAAAUUACACUGUUUUAUACAUAAGUUUUUUCUAAUAGCUUUUUAAUUCCCUGCAGUUUAAGAUUAUUUUUUCAAUUGAUUUCUUUUCUCCUUUAGGAUACAGAAAAUGGAUUUUUCAUGAAUGCAAAUGACCAGGUAUUAUUAAUACAUGUAUAACUAACUGGUUACCUAAAUAAAGCUUUAUUGAUUUAAGACAGACUUAAAACCCUUUAAAGGUAGUAUUCACCAAGCCAGAGGACAUUGUGCGAUCCAUUUGCUGUAAUUUUUUAAAGACAGUUCAGAGGGCAGGGCUGUCAACUCUCCCGGAUAAUCCGGGAGACUCCAGAUUUUGAACCAGUUCUCCCGGUCUCCAGAUUAGAGUCUGAAAUCUCCCGGAUAAUCACCAUAAGUUUGCCAUUUCUUGUAGAAUCGACUUUCUGACAAUAUAACUUCAAAUACAUUGCGUUGUUUGAGCUAUUUUACUGUUAACAUCGAACGUUUCCUCACAAACUCCGGUAUGCCAUUGUAAUAUAAGCAAUAAUGUUAUUGGUGUGAAGUAAGCCAAUUAGAUCAAAUGUUACAAUUCCAACAACAUCUUUUUCACGCGUUUUUUUCGCAAAUGACAUCAUGUGACGUGUGCAUUAUGACGUCAUUUUUCAUCCCUCCCCCAUCAAUUCUCAAUAUUUGAAGACGUUGGGGGUCAACAGCCCUGAGAGACUUAUAUAGUUUCAGUUACAACUUGGACUGCAGUGAUUUUUCCAAAACACUUCCAUAAGAAUGUUUGUAAUAGCAAGCAUAACAGCAUCAUACUGUCAUGAGUUACCGACGUUAUGUAUUGUGCAUUUAGCUUUAACCGUUGUUAUUGUUAUUCUUGUCAGAUCAAACAGGUUUGUGAUAAACUUGCCUCAGAUCCUAAGUUGAAGAAUGGUUACAAUGCUCUGGGUUUCUCACAAGGUGGUCAGUUCUUGUAAGUGAGAUUUCAUUUCAUUUAUAUAAUUUGCUACUUUACAUUUUUCUUACAUUGCUUUAACUGUUAACUAGUAGCAGGAAUACCUCUUUUAGGCUUAAAUGGCUUGCCCAUGAUCUUGUGCCUAUGAUCCCCCCUCCACCCCUUAUCAAAGUUGCUAGCAAUACAAGACCAUGCUAAAAACUUGGAGGAACAUGCAAAUUUGAAUGCAGGGGAGGAGGGAGGUGGGUAUUUUAACUUACAGACAUGUGACUAGCAGCGAUUUGCAGUAGAAAAAGGCCAGUUUUUUGUUGGGGUUUCUCAACAUUUUUGCAACUGAUAGUGGCUAUCUAUUAAUAGCUAUUAAACUUUGAAACGAACCCAACAACUCCAAAUUUUUUUUGGAGUUUGAGUUUUGGAGAAAUCACGAGAAAUCAGUUGCCAACUUGUGAGAGCAUGAGAUAGGUCAUAAAAUCAUGAGACUUGGCGAGUCUGGGUUAUGGCUACUAAUUGUCCCUGAGGUGAGGGUUUUAAAAGGUUCAAUAGUUAUUUCCAGGCUCCAGUCACAAAGUCACAACAAAGGGUUCUGGAAUUGCAAAUAACAUGAUGCCUCUAAAACAAUGACCUUAUUAAGAGCAUUUUUUUACUAACUUGGUCUUGUUCACUUGAAAAAUACAGCCGUGCUGUUGCCCAAAAGUGUCCUAACCCUCCUAUGUUGAAUCUCAUCAGCUUUGGUGGACAGCAUCAAGGUUUGCUAUUAUUGUUAUUCGAGAAUGUUGAUUACUAAUCUGAAUGGGAUCACAUAAUGUGAAAAUCUUUGUUUAAUACACUUCAGCCCCAUCUUGCUUACUAAGACAAGUACCAUGAAGAGUAAACAAAUGGUCCCUUUCAAAAUGAGGCAGCAGCCAGUAAUUUUUCUGCUUUCGACACGCAGUGGAAUAUUUGCCACCCAGCUACUCAACAUUUAGGUUUAAGAAUGUUUAACAAAUAUCACCAAAAUUUUAAGGACGUUCGCGCGAAAAUCUUCUAACAUUGAUUUUUUUCUGCAACUUUCACCAGUUUGAGAUUAUGGGUUACUCAUGUCAAAAAUGUAAAAAAAUUGGGGGGUCACCGAAUUCAUUUCGGAGAUAUGAUGUUCAAAAGAUCACCCUAAAUCUGAGAAAUCGGGCUUCGUUACUGCAUACGGAUAAAGUGCCUGUUUGUGAAAAAAGUUUAUAAAUAAAUCCCUGAAUUGAAAUUUUAUCCGCCAAUUAUUGUUCUUGUGGAUCCAUUAACAAAAUUCGGUGAACUAAAAAACUUCCUCAGAGUUGAUUUUAUCAUUUAGCGGACACAUCUGUACUCUCCUAACAGCUGCACGAAUGCCAAAAUUUGACACCGCGUACACAGAAAAAUUGGAAAUUUUUUUACCUUCCCACAUUGAUUUUUUGUUCAAUUUUUCACAAUCUAUCGGAAAGUGGAAGAGAAAGUGGUCUACCGAAAAAAAAUGGGGUGUCACCGACCAUUUAAGACAGUAAAUUGCAAGCGAUUUUAACGCAACGGCUACCAGCCCUAUAUGUGCUUAGACAGUUUUCUCAGCGAGCGCGCUCGAUGCAUGACGUGGCGUGAUAUUGCGCUAUCAAUUACGUGCGCAGUAGGGAUGCGCAGAAACAAUUAGCGCGAACAUCCUUAAGUCCUUGCUGCUUGCUACUCUUGUUAUCCUGCCUAGUGCAGGGGUUUCAAUAAGUUUUUGCACAAGUGGGUACUUAAGAGUAACAGGCGGGUAUAUUUGCCGAAGGUCCCAAGGGCCGUCGACCAUAGGGGGGUCCGGGAGCAUGCUCCCCCGGAAAAUUUUGAAGUUCUAGACUCUCGCAGAUGCAUUUUCAGGUCUUUUUUUGUUGCUUUGUUUUUACAUUUUUUUGCUCCUAAGUCAACUAAUUUAAACAAAUUUGAAGAGAAUUGUGUUACAAUGAAGUAGUCAUAGUCAAAACCUAUUUUGCCAAAUUUUUGGGCAAGAAUUCGAAGCUGAGAUGAAAUUAUCUGGUCUUAGUUGACGUUCAUGUGAAGGCUCCAAGCGGGUAAUCAGCCCGUUGCAAGCGGGUAGAUCUACCCGCUACCCGGCUACUAUUGAAACCCCUGGCCUAGUGCUAAAAAGACAUUUUGACUGCAGGGCUGGGCCCUCAAAGAAAAUUGUUUAAAUUCUCUCUUUAAUUUGUUUUUAAUGCAUUUAAAUGCAAUUUAAGAGCACCUUAAGUGCCUGAGGUCAACAGUGUUUGGCAUGCACAUGCCCAGUAGCUGGCUACAUCGAUCAUGUGAUUCAUUAUUGGCGCGUUUUAGUUUGCCCUUGUUCUAGGUUCUGUCAGCCAUUUUCUUCCCCUCCCCCCUUCCCCUAGGCUUUGUUAGUUUUUUUCUCCACUGAUGUUUUUCAGUGUGACAGGUGCCUGUUUCUUUCCUUUCGUGUGGAGGCUCAUGGCUGACUUACGCUGUUGUGCCAGUCAUGGGGGCAUUAUGUCAAUCUAGGGCUGGCUGCCAAUAGUGGAAGUCCCUAGAUACUCCAGGCACCCAACCUCCAUUUUAGAGAUGCAGUUGUUAACUAGAAAAUGGUGGGUAAUUUGGAAGGAGAUCUCAUUAAUUUGAAACUAAAAUAUUGUAACAAGUCACUUUUAAUAGUCAAUUUUUCUGGCAACAUGCAGCUGUGCACUCCCUUAUUAGCCAGAGGACCCUCCCAUACACUCCUGCUGACUGCUGCACUUGGUUUACUUGAUGGUGUAGAAUAAAUAUUUGCUUGGUGUGAUUGCCUUUUUCUGCGUAUUAUUAGUUUCUGUUAGUUAUUCACAUAGGAAGUUCCCCUCACUGGUCAGAGAUAAGGUGCUGGGUAGUGAAUGUGUUCAUAUAUAACAACCCUCAAAUCUGAUUGACAAUGCACAUUUUAAGCUGUAAUAUUUAAUAUCCUGCAGGUGUUUAUGGAUUUCCACAUUGCCCUGGAGAAAAUUCUACCUUGUGUGAUAUUGUCAGAAAAAUAUUGAAUGAAGGAGCGUACAUAAGGUAUUGCAUUCAGGUCAUUUAGUUUAUGCAAUUACCUUUACCCUGUGUGCAGGGUUUCUCACUUGCAUGGCUUUUGGCCAUUAACGAAGUCGUUUGCAUGGCGUGAUUGACGUGUAGUUGGUUUGUUUUAUCCCGUACGAAACGAGCAGCGCUGCUGCAGCGCUGCAGAAUGACUUCAAGAAGCGCUACAAAAGAGCUGCAAAAGGGCUGGCUGCAGCAGUAGCAAAAAAUGGCUGUUUUGCGCUGCAGGGAAAGCCCUUUGACAGCGAUAAACAGCGCUGUUGCAGCAGUGCAGAAAAUUUCCGAAUCACGAUCUGCGCUGCAAAGUGGCUGCAAAGUGGCUUCGAAUUUUAAGACAAAGAAUGUUGUUUUUCGGUAAUGUCCUACCACUCGUUAAUGCAGACUUCAAUAAUACAAUAACCACGAAACAUGGUAGAGAUCAAGUUGACAAGGCCUUAGGAGGAGUAAAAACCACUAGAAAGUCAAAAUGCAACUGAUACUUUAUUAGUAUCCACGCGUACACGUUACAAAAGCAAGUGACAUAACAAAUCUGCAACAGUCUCGCUUUGUAAAUAUUGAGCAGUCAUGGUCACUCAUCUAAAUGUGAGAACUGCCAUUAACAUGCAGACAUUGAAGUUUAUCUUUUUCUAAAAAUAAAGAGAGUAACAGCGACUGUUCUACAUAAAGUUUACACCGGACAACAGCCAAAUCAUAUUUUGAUUCGUUGCAACACGUUAAGCCUGACAUCGCUCAUCUUGACGUUUUGUCCAUGAUCGACGAUCUGCUACACUUUUUCGUGAAAGAAAUCAACCAAAUCUUACUUUCAUUGUCGUUAAAUUUUACAAUGGACUAAGGAACGUACAUUAUCGUUGAACGUUUGAAUCUUGUACAUGCAUUCGUACCCCAGCGAAGAUUCUGGCAUCUGUGUUGCUUGCUCUGGUUCGAUUCGUCGGCACUUCGCGUAGAAUUCACCGUACAGUGCCGUUGUUUACAAAUACCUUUGAGCUGUUCCAUCCAAAACAUCAACAGAACUUCCAUCUCGAAACAGAACUAGAUGCAAAACACUUACAAAUUUGUAUCAAUGUUUGCGCCUUUCAUUCAACGGUCACAAAUGUUUGUCUAGAGAUGUAAUGGGAUCUUAUGCAAAAGUGCCGACCAAUUAGAUUACAGCCUAGAAUGUCUCCAGGGAAUUAGCGAUAACAUUCCCACACUCGCUAGUCACGGAAUGAAAUUUAUUGAAAGCAUAGAAUUUGAAGGUUUAUUCAAUAAGUGAUCUUCCUUGCGCACAAGCUUACUCACAUUUCUUAAAGGUACAGUCAAAGUUUUCUCGUUAUAAAAGCCGUAAUCUGUGGCAAGGCUUUUCUGGCGAUUCAUGUUAUCUCAAGAACGUUGUGCUAUCAGAUCGAGCGCAGCUGAAUUGUAGCGUUACUGCAGCUACUUCGCAGCUUUUGAAAGUCGGCAACUGCACUGCAAAACCGCUGCCGAGAGCUUCAAAGGCUGCACAGCGCUUUUGCAUCCCGCUGCAACUUGAAUUAAGCUGCUGUUUGGCUUCUAAAAUGCUGCUAAACAGCUGUAAUUUAGCUGUACAGCUAUUUUGAAGCGAUUUUGUGGCGCUGUACAGCGCUGCCAGUUUCGUACGGGAUACGCCCCAGACGGGGCGUAAACAAACCAACUAUGUGACAGAGAAGCCAGGCAAACGACUUCAUAAAUGCUAACAGCCAAUACAGAGAGAAACUUCCGCUCACAGGGUAAAUUGCCUUUGGCAAGUAGUGAAACUAAGUGAAACAAAAAAUAAAGUAAUUAUGUUGUCAGAUACAGGUACUGAUAAACUGUGGUACUGUUGUCUGUACUACUGUAGUGGGUAUAGGAUGAAAAUUUGAAAAGAAAGAGCUUUCAAAGGCUAUAAUGUCCACUAGAUUCAGGGUGUCUCCUCUCAGGUUUUCACCGUCAUAAAUUUUAUUGAACUUAAAGGGACAGAUUCACGGUUCAGCCCAUGCUCAUUUAUCAAAAUGCUGUUUUUCUGCCGGGACAUGCUGUGUUGUCUAAGCAAGCAAUAUGAUCAUGUCAUGAUGUUGUCAAAGAACCAAUCUGCACACUCCCCUGGCAGUCACUUGCGCGUGAUCAACAUAAAUAUUUACAAAUUAAUAGCUGCAAAUUAAUCAACCAUGGAAUAAAAUCUUCGGGUCAACAAUAAAUUCAACGUUGAUAGUUUUGGCAUAAUCCACUAAUUUUUUCUGCGAUUUUAGUAGUCGUCCAUUCUACUUCAGGUGACUCUACUCUACUCUACUUUGAUGUGAUUCGGAUUAUUAACCGAUAGAAUUAAUAAUAAAUUGGAAAAAGGUAAUUUAAUUAAUGAGCAUGCACUUAACCGUGAACCUGUCCCUUUAAGGUCUAAAGUGGCUUAAUUUACCGUUUGUAACUUUGUCUGAUCUUUGCAAAUAACUGACGUUAUAAUGUAAACAAUGUAUUUUUUAUGUUAAGCAAAAGGUAUUAGAUAAGUUUGAGCUGUUUGUAAUAGCCUUGAUUUUUUAUUGACUGUGAAGGAUUAAGUUUUUACGCAUGUGAGGCAAGUUGUUUUUGAGAAUAAUGGCAAUUUUUUGUUGAUUUUGAGACACAAAAUUUAAAUGACCAUGUGUGCUACAAUGCACAGUGUAGUUAACCCACUUACAUGUGCUUUGGGCCUGUAACUGACAUAAACCAUUGCUUUUCUUUCCCUUUUUCCAGCUUUAUUCAAGACAAGUAAGUAUCUAAUGUAAGUUAGUAAUGUUCGCAACACCUGAGGUAAUAUACUACUACUAACCUCUAACAUUUUUCUUAAUAGGCCAUUUGCACGAUGGCAUCAUUUUACUACUACGACCAGAAUUCUUUUCGUUUUUCUUUUCAUAUUUAAAAUUUGGUAAUCCCAGUGAGGUUUAAAUAACAAAAACCCUAAUUUGCACAAGAAAGCAAAACCCUGAAGGAUCCUGGUCAUAGUAGUAAAAUGACGCCAUCAUGCAAAUGGCCUAUUAACAAUAUUAUCCCAUAUCAUCUGUCCAGUUGACACUGCAACUAUGAUGACACUACAUCUAAUCUGUGGAUACCAGGAACUUAGUUAAAACAAUGGUGCAGCCAAGUUUUUUGCACUGUCUUUAACCCUUUAAGUGCCAAUAGUGACCAAGAUCAAUUUUCUCCUAACAAUAUCCAUACACUGUCAACAGAUAAGGUCUGAGAAUUAAUAAAAUGAUCACCCAAGUAAAAAUGCCUUGAUCUUUUACCAAAUUCUCUCAGCUAGUUCUUUAAGGAAAUGAAUGGAGAUCAGUUUGGAGAAUUUGUUUGUGGUUACUGGGGCUUAAAGGGAUGAGAUAUGUAGUUGUUGGUUUAAGUUAAUCUGCAUAGCAUAUUCUUAAAGAGAUAUAAAUCUUAAAGCCAUUGCAACUGCCAUUGUUUGCUUUUAGACCCUAUCACAGUUGAGUAAUAUAGACCAUUAAUAUUUUUACAGUUGUGAGCUUAGUAUUCCAGCCACUAAGUGAACGUGAGGCUGAGGUUGACCUUGUUUUGAUACAAACCACUUUCCUUUUCUUAUGGAAGUUAUGCUUAAUAAAAUACCAGUUAGUAUAAGAACAACAUGAUAAAGAACAAAACAAGGUUCACCUCAGCCUCAUUUCCACCUGUAACUGUAAACCUGUCUAUCAAAAGAGAACAAGUGUACCCAUUUAGGGAUCUAAAUACAGAUUUCUCAGUCAAAUCAGUGCAAAAGCUGAAAAACAGAUACCUGUAGUGUACUUUCAACAAGAACACGCUUACAGCAGCAUUCAGGUCUCGCCUGCUUGGAGAGUAGAUCAAGAAAUGAAGAGGCAAUUAAUUCUACAAGAAACAUGAUUUACUCGGUUUUUUACUGCGUACUUUAUCGAUGUGGAUACUUUUUAUUUGUUUCUGAAUUGAUUUAGUACGUGUGUUUAUAGCGACGACCAAAAAUACCUCUCUGGUAGCAGGCUAUACGCAUGCAUAAAUACACGAAAAUUCAAGGGCCUUGAUUUCAGAGAAAUUACAUCAUUGCCGAAAAUAAAUCGCAUGCCCAUCACAAGACUCAUUUGCAUACAGUGAAAGUUUGCAACACCUGACCAUCACAAUUUUGCUAAUUGAGAUUCUUAUUUUUUUUCGACCACUUAGUAGUGUUAAAUUGCUCCAAAGUAAUAAACGCUUUCAAGCAAUAUAGAAUUCAUGGACCAACAUGUUUCGGAAAGCUCUAAAUUUAAUCUUUCCUAAGCUUUCUUCGCAAAACAUGUGUGGCUUCGAUCACGCAACGAUUCCUAGUCCCAGUUUCUACAGUCUCCGCAAGGAUCGCCUGGCACAAUGACCUGCCUUUUGUGUCCUAAAUUACAACCAAAAAUUCCAGAGGGGUACUUCCAGAAAAAUUGGGAGGGGGUUUAGGGCAUGCUUCCUGAAACCCUUACCCUAUUUCAGACCAAAAUCUGUGAUUUUCCCUACCCUAUUUCAGACCUGAAGCCCUGGAGCCCGGUGCAUGACUGGAGUGUGUGACAAGCUGUUAGGGCACAUACACAGUAGUUGGCGUAAACAUUAAAAGGGAAAUGGUCUUAUCCCCAAAUGAUGAAGAAGUAGGUAAUUCUUCUCAAAAACAUACCCAAUUCAAGACUAGCGUGCACAAACCAUACCCUAUUUCAGACCAAAAUGGUCAAAAUUGAUACCCUAUUUCAGACCAAAACAGGUAAAAGAACACACCCUUUGGCGCGGCACAUACCUAUAUACCUUAUUAUAGGAAAUUACCGCUCCAUGAAAUUAACGCGAAUCGUUAAAAUUCGCGUUGAUUUAAGUCGCGUUAAUUUUGUUGAGUGUUAAUUUCCGCGACGUUAAUUAAGUGCAGCGUUAAUUUCCGCGCUCUUAAUUUCCAGUAUUUUAACCCCAAUUUUGGAACCUGUCCAGCCAUUCUUGACAACUAAAAAGCAUUAACUACAAGCUUUCGACGGUUUACAUGAAUAUUUCGAGUUCAUCUUCAUCGUUGUCGCUGCCAGAGGUGAUGUCCAUAUCUUCUCCUUUGAUUUCGCGUAAUUAAUCGGGUUAAUUUCCUUUAUUCAGAAAUUCUACCUCCUCUUUCGCGUUAAUUUUCUUUAUUCGAAAGUCGUUUUCCAUUAAAUUCACGUUAAUUUAAGUCGCGUUAAUUUCCAAUACCUUAAUUUCAUGAAGCGUUAAUUUCCUAUAAUAAGUUAGCCUGCAUAAGGGACUACCCCCGGGGGGUGGGGGGGGGGGGCCGAAAAUGCGUUGCAGAUUAUGAGUCUUGAUGCUUAUGCAAGCGAGACUAAUAAAGCGUACACAAUAUUACAUCUAGGUGCAACAAGGUUGUUGAGAUUUGAUUAUUAAAAGCAUGGGGGAUUAAAUUCGGUCUGUUUGUUGUGUAGCUGUAAUAGCCAUUUGAAUAAUUAAGUUACAAUAUGCAAUUAACACACAACCAUAUCCUUGACCUCAAUGGGUCUAUACCUGAGCCCACGAUACGGUCAGGUGGUACUGGAAGGCAGAUACCCUGUUUUGACAGCUGUCAGCUUAUCACAACAUGGAUGUGCAAUAUCAGGUUGCAGGCUCCCAAAUUAGCUAGAAAGUGUGAGAUUAAACAUUGGUUGCCCUGUGGUGCAGAUGGACGGUUGGGCGGUCAGUGUACAGUUACGUGAUUACAAAAUUUUCGCAGACUGAUAGAUUCUCUUUGCUAUGGGAGUAUCCUCAGUUAACAGAACCUCAGUCUUUGGAUUUAUGUUCAAGAUUAAGGUUUCCCAAUCUAUCAAUUACCAUAAUGAAAUGUUGUUCAAUUUUAGCCUCGUCCAAGCAGAGUAUUGGCAUGAUCCACUGAAUGAGGAAGAGUACAGAGAAAAAAGCGUUUUCUUGGCAGAAAUAAAUCAGGAGAAGAAGGUGAAAAAAGGUUACUUAGAUCAAUGGAUUAUAAAUUUAAAUGGACUUUCUUACAGUCAAACCAAUGACAUUAACAACCUUGAACACUUGAAAUAAUUCAAGAAUGUUUACUCCAUUUACAGCAAAGAUCAGGACAUGCGAGCUAACCAUAAAACUCCAAACUAAUUAAUAUUGUUGCUUAGUAGGAUAGGUAAGCAUGUACAAUACAGUUCAUGCAUCCAAGCAAAGAAAGAGGUUUCUAUGAGUGGAAACUCCCCCUGGGGGGGGGGGGGGAGUGCCAUGUGAAAGGUUUGGGGAUGCCAGUGCUUGUGAAAAAAAUUGAAUCAAGCAUGGUUCAAGCUUUAUUCUACCCCUUGAGAUGUCCAAGUACUGAACUGAUUUUUUUCAAUAACAUUGUUAACAACUUUGACACUUAGUGGAGCUGGGUGCCCGGGAUGUGCAGGGGCUUCAACUUUUGGCAAAGCCAGCCCCUAAACAGUUAUGCCCCAUGGCUGGAAAACUGGCACCUACAUGUACCUCCCAGCCUUGAGUUCCCACGCCAAUGGAAGCAGGCUGCUUUCACACUGAUUAUCAGUGCAAAAAGUAAAGGGGAGAGGGGUGGGGGUACAUGCACAAUCCAAAGGUUAAACAAAGUGAGUGGCCACCUGGGCCCAGUUGUUAGAGGGCUAAUUAGCGCUUAACCGAGGUUUCUUUUUCUUUUGUUCAAAAGCAUUUUCUCUGACAGUUUUCUCUGUUAUUUCUAAAAGCAUCCAAUCAUCAACUUGUUGACAGAAAGAAUUAAACUGAAUUUACUUUUUGAGCAUUCAAAUCUGAUUUCAAAUUUCACUCUAACCCUGGGUUAUCUUAACCCAGCUUUGAACAACCCGGCCCAGGAAAAUGCUGUACUAACACAUAGAACUGAUGCAAGCAAUGCUGACCGCGCUUGAGCCACUAUACUGACAAGGUAUGCAUGGCACUCCUCGUUGAAGCCUGAGAAAACAGCCAACAUUUGGCGAUGCUACCACUGGUUUCCCCGCCAAAUGACAUCUGAGAAACAAGUGCAGAAGUUCCAUACUGACAACGCAUCACUACCCAAAUGUGGCUAGUGCUUCUGAUUGGUCAUGCCAUGUGGGAAAUUUGAUUCAACCAAUCAGAAGCACUACUCCGAUCUGGGAUGGAAUUUCUGCGCUCGUUUCUCAGGCGUCAUUUGGUGGGUAAACCAGUGGUAGCCUCGCCAAAUGUCGGUUGUUUUCUCAGGCUAUCCUUAUUGUUAACCGCAUCAAAUUUCAUUUAACUUGAUAAUUUUAUAAGCAUUAUGGAUUUCAUAUGCAGCUCUACAAGUAAAGUCAGAAUACGUGUACAACAAGUGUUACCUGAAAAUAAUUCUUGACUAGCAACCUAGACUGUAUGCAAAUUUUUAAUCAUAAAUUAAUAUGUUUAAAAGCUGUAUUGUAUCAUUUUUUCUUCAGAUGGUUCUCGAGUACAAGACAAACCUGAUGAAACUAAAGAACUUUGUGAUGGUGAUGUUUGGCAAGGACACUAUGGUUGAUCCAAAGGAAACGGAAGUAUGAAAAAGUUUAGUGUUGAAUUCUUUAAUACAGUAUGCAUGGUAUUGCAACAUUAUAGCAAUACUCGCUGUUUUCAGACACUCUUUUUGUUAUUAUAUAUCCAGUGUGUAAAGAGUGAAACAAUGAAUAAUUUUAGUGUUUCAGUACAUAAGAUCGAGAUCUGUUAAUUCUAAUCCAUAUUCUCAUUCUUUCAUUGCAGUGGUUUGGUUUCUACAAGCCAGGGCAAGCAAUAGAUAAAUACACCUUACAAGAAAGUCAGCUGUACAAAGAGGUAAGUUUUCAUUACAGUAUUUAUACUACUCUAACACCUAAUUCUGUGACAGUCCAUACUUGAAAUGUCCCUUAUAUAUAUGCCUAAACGUUUUACUCAGGCAGUAGGUAUCUGCGGAGAUUCCGCUAUAUAUAGUUUGCUAGGUACUAUCUUAUAGUAGUGUAACAACAUUGCUUAAUGCCAUUCCUCAUAAGAACAGGCUUGGAGGUUAACUUGUAGUUGCGUUUAUAGUAUUGCGUGUUCAUACGAGUAAAUUUUCUCUGUCGAUUGUGUGGUGUAAAGUAUAUUUGUGUAACAGAUUUUUGUGGUAGACUAGUCUUAAAAUGCCCUAUCAUACAAGUAGAACGUAAUAUGCUUUAAAAUCUUUAGGCUGCUUAAUGAACUCGUUAACACUUUUACAUUUAGCUAGCAGAGCUACAGAUAGCAAGACAGACUCAGUGAUUGUAAAGAGGUACUCAUUCAAGGUCAGGGGUGAGGUGUACAGAGGUACAAGCACUCCAGAAUAUGAUUCAUUGUGUACCCCUUACAUACUUGUUUCCAAUAAUACAAGACUUACUCAUGGGCUAACUCAAACAACUCAACUCAACUUUAUUAGAAAAAUAUUUGCAAAUACAUCACACGAAACCAUUCCGCAGGUAGCAUUAGCAAAUCCAGGCGGAACAGUCAGUCGUACUAGAGCGUUACAUUGAAAUAAUUAAUAUUAACUAAAUAAUACAAUAUUGCAGUGCUGUUCAAGGCACGUCCGACUUCUUCAAUCGCUAUAAUAUGUCCGGGGCCUUACCCUGUGUUGCGGCGCUACAUAUUUUUCGAGGCGUGUAUUUCCUUGAGUUUUGAAUAUUUGCGCUGGAUAUUUUUUGGGGCGUGUAUUUCCUUGCGUUUGGGUUGGUCCCUAUUUUGUUUGGAAGGUAGUUACUUUGGGUUUUGCUUGCAACUGUAAAGCCAGUUAUUGUAGACGAUUUUUUGAAAUAUCAAUUGCCCUUCUGUUAGGACUUGUUGGGGCUCCAGCAAAUGGACAAGGACAAGAAGCUGCAUUUUCUCACUGCAGAUGGCGAUCACUUGCAAUUUUCCGACGAAUUCUUCGACGAGCAGAUUUUGCCAUUUUUGAAGUGAAAAAAAAAAUCAGCCACAUCUCCAGAAAUUGGAUAGCGUAAAUGCUACCACCGUUUUUUAGUAUCGUAAAACCACAAAUGACUGAGUUCCCAAAGGGUUCAGUUUUGUGAUUGCCUCUUUUGAAAAUGGCUGACUGCUUUCUUUUAUAUUUCUGAGCUAUAGAACUUAAAUUACACAGCACUUCACUGAUUAACACUUUUUACGGGAAGGUGAUAAGGGAUGAUCACAAUGUUGAACAGACGUGUACCCUACCUGUUAAAGCUAAUCUUCAGACAAAGUCAAGUUACAGCUUGUAUAUGGGAGUUAGCUUUUAACUGACGAUCUUCCCCGUCCCCACUUUCCUGUACCUUCGCUCUAGUGAAGGACUAUUGCUCAAAACAUCAGCUUGUCAGUCUUUCAACUCUGUUGGUUAAAUCUAAUAUUUGUGUCUCCUUUCCUCGCUGACACAGCAUCACCGUCUCUGUCGAAACUGAGCCCUUCAUACCUAUGUGCACUUGAGAUUGCUUGCAUUAACCUUUUUGAAGCGAGGCAAACCUAGUUAAUAAGUACUUUGUCCGAGAAAGGGUGGUGGUCACUCUUGAGUAGCUGCCUUACCAAGGAAAUUCCCCCUCUUUUCACGACUUUCUUUAGAAGCAUAAAACUUCGAUUAUUGCAUGGCAAACUUAGUUGAUUAGUACUUUGCCCGAUGCGAGGGUUUUGGUUACUUUUGAAUUGCUGUGUUACCAACGAAAGCUCCCCCUCUUCUAUUGCAUAUAAGCUUGGUUGAUUACCAGUACGUCCGAGAAGAGGGUAGUGUUACCCUUAAAUAGAGGCACCCCCCACCCCCUUUACUUUGCAAAGCAAACUUAAUUGUUACUUUUCCCAAGAAGAGGGUAGGCGUAUCAUUAAGGAAGUUUGCCCCUUGCAUAGCGUGCUUAAUUGAUUAGCACUCUAUUUGGGAAGAUGGCAGGAAUUUUCUUGGGCUAUUCUUAAAUAGGGCGUUACCACGAGAACUUUCCCUUUUUCCUAUGUCUUGACCUCCCUGGUUACCUCCAUGUACGCUUUAUUCAGCAUUAUCUCAAGUACUCAUCCCUUUGGGAACAUUUAAAAUAGAGUGAAGUAGAGUUGGUUACAAGAGAUAUUAAUCAGAUAAUGAAUCGUAUAAAGAUAAAACUACACUUUAAUUUUAAUGGUGAAAUCAUUUUAGUGCAAUUACUGUCUGUUUAGCAGACAGUUUUUAAAGAUACGUACUAAACAGAUACUUAUAUUCAACGGUAUGCGAUAAAGGUCGUCAUUCUUUUUCAGUAGUACUAUUGACGGUUAAUUUUCGCUAUUUAGAUCCUUAUCAGAAUUUUAAACACUUUUAAAAUAAUUCAUUUUUCUAUUAAACGUUUUUCUUGCAAAUUUUACGCUGUUAGCUGGCUUAUGUAAUUUUGUUCCAUUUUAAACUGAUCAAUCUGCUAACGAAUACUGUUAGCAUUUAUGUAAUUUGCAAUGCUUGUAAACUAAAGCAGCAAAUUACUAGCCCUAGUCUGUUUUAUAGUGUUUUCCGCUAACGCGGACCACCAUGCUCCUCCUAAAUAUGAAAUGACUCCUGGGUUAAAACUUCCACGGUGUGAGAUGAAUAAAAACGUAACCUUGGGUUAGUUUUUAUCGCAAAUCAUCACUUUGAUUUUCAGAUCAGG